AUGGCUGUUGAUAAUCCGGCUGGCCGCGUGGAUAACUGCCGCUGCUGGACGAUGCAACCACCACAGCGCGGGGAUUUCCAUGCCGUCUUCCGGGCAUGUAGCGCCUCCCCUGCGUUUGACCGUUGGACGAGGAGAAGGCCGCGUUCCCGUGAAGUCACCAUCAGCCGGCUGGAGAUGCAGAGCGGCCGGCCGGCUCUUUCGUCCUCGUGGGCACCUGUUCGCGCGAGCAAACAGCAAGAUUCACCUUGA